UUACACGUUUUCAACCAAAAGUACUUUGUAUCUUCAGUAUCACCAAGGCCUAUUCUUUAAGUAGAAAAACUACGCUCUUUAUGGCCCUAUUGCAUAGUCUUUCGAAUUUUUCUUAAUUUCCAGUCGUAAUUUUAAAUAACUUCAGAUAGUGUAAAAAACCAAGAGUUUAAUUUUCAUUUAGUUUACACUGUAUGUGUUAAGCUAUAUUGUAAAUGUUUCAACUCAGAGAAAUAUUAUAUUUUUUUAUUUCAUCGAAACUACUUUUUUGUUUGGCCAAUAAUCAAGUCGCCGAACAACGUGAAGCUAGUCUUAUUGUACUUCCUCCAAUUAUAUUGGGAUAUGACGAGUUCUACGAUGACGGAUCAAAAGAUAAAUCAAGUCACGAAAAAGACAAAUCCGUAGCCAAUAGUGAAGAUAAUAAGCACAGUAGUAAUGACAAAAGUCAUAAUACCCAGGAUCAUCAUGGCAAUAACAACCAUAACCAUAAUUCUCAGGAAAAAAAUGAAAAUGAUAAUGAUGGUGAUGGUCAUCAUCAUAAGAAUAAGGAAGAUGGUGUUAGCAAUGUAGGGGAACGAUCUUAUAAGUUAUCGCAUAAAAUUAAAUGCCGUGCUAGAAAUGGUAAAUUUAAUGGAAAAUCUUGCCCCUUUAAGAAGAAAGAAUAGUUAUUAUUAUAUUAUGGCUUAAUUGGGCCAGAACUAAUGUUAAUUGCGAGUUCUGCAGUUGAGGAUAUAACUGUGUGGAAAGAGAAUCGUCGUGGGAUUGCGGAUUGCAGCAGUUUCCAACCAAAGUACUUUUCUGCUAAGUUGACCAUACCGUUAUGCACCAUUAUAAUUAGACACUAAAUAUGAUCAUUACUUCAUCAUCAUGCUUUAUGUGUUCAAUGAUUACCUUCUUGGACUAAAUUCAAUAUCGAUUUUUUAACGCUUAAACAUUUUACAUCUUCCAGAUUUCUACUAAUUUGAGUAGAAAAUGCCUAAGUUGGCAUCACUGAAAGCAUGAUUUGAUUUUAUUUGUCAGCAAUCAGCAUCAAAUGUCACUACAGACUUGUCACUUGAUAGUUGGUGUAUUGGUCUGAAUCUGAAAGAUUCACUCUUAGGUAGAAAUAUAAUUUUGUUGUUACUUGUAGCACUUGAAUUUUGUUAUUUAUAUUUUUAUUCCAAUGUUUCGAUACGUAAACUGUCGAGAUGUGAUAUAGUUAUAUAUAGUUGCUAACGAGAUAUUAUGAGUAUUCUAUCGAAAUUGUUGGGUGAAUUUAAUAAAACAUGUUAUUUUUAAAUAAUCAUGUAGAAAUGAAUUUAUAGUUUGAUUUAUAAAUUUAACCUAAAGCCGGCUACCAGUAGUUCUACACUUUGUCAUCAUGACUACAAUUAGGUAGGGUGUGUUUGGGCCCAGCGGUGCAGAGCAGCAGCAAGCUACCUAACUUACUUUAGAAUUUCGGAAUAAUGCAGGUGUGUCAUUUCCAGCACCUCUUACGCCAAUUCGACAAGAACGAGCCGGGUCGAUUUCUCGGGGAGGGUGUGCCUUUUCGCGCCAAAUUAAUAGGCGUAUUGGAGGUACCUGAGGCACGUGGUGACAGGAUGUGUCAAGAGGCACUUGCUGAUCUCAAGAUGGCAAUAAGAGCUGCUGGCGAACACAAGCAGAGGAUACAGGUGCAUGUAGCGAUCGAUGGACUGCGGUUGCGGGAUGAUAAGACCGGGGAUUCUCUUUACCACCAUCCAGUUCACAAGAUCUCGUUUAUCGCGCAAGAUAUGACCGACUCCCGCGCAUUUGGUUACAUUUACGGCUCACCAGACACCGGACAUCGUUUCUUUGGUAUCAAGACUGAUAAAGCUGCUAGUCAGGUAGUUAUAGCGAUGAGGGACCUAUUUCAAGUAGUGUUCGAGUUGAAGAAGAAAGAAAUUGAGAUGGCCAAACAACAUCUUGAGGAGAACAAACAAACACACCCGAGCAGUUUGUUAAAGCAAAUAAACCUUUUCGAGAAUAAGUCCAAGAAUUCCACAGGCGAAAGUCCAGCUAAGGCAGUGGAGGGCGCGGAGGGGGGUGUGGCAGAAUUGGUUGACUUGGAACAGGAAUUAUGCUCUCUGCGAAGAGGGCUCUCACAAGUGGAGGGUCUGACGCCUUCUAGUGAUCCAUUCGGGGACUCUUUUAUAACACCCCCACAGAAAGGAUUACUUCCGCCUCCGCCAGGCGCUGGUCGGGGUCGAACUACACCUGGAAGAAGUUCUUCAAGUCCUAGCAAACCACCUUUGUCUUUUGACGUCCCUUCCGGACAGAGUCCUUCGUUGGGAGCUUCGGGGCCAUCCAUGGGAACCACGGGGCCUUCCAUGGGAACCACGGGGCCAUCCAUGGGAACCACGGGGCCUUCCAUGGGAACCACGGGGCCUUCCAUGGGCACAUCGGGGCCAUCCGUCGGACUCUCGGGACCUUCGGUGCAAGGCCUUGGGGGACAAGUGGCUUCAUUUGGAUCAGACUUCGAAAAAUCCUCGCUAGUCGAUAAUGUUCCUGAACCAUUGGUUGGCUCGGUCGCCGGCAGCCGUCCGGCGCCCUACGACGUAUUCACCGAACUUGACCCUCUCGGCACCGGCCGGAGUAAACCUUACGUUGACAAAAAACUCUUCUUUCAGGAGCUCAAAAACCCACCAAAGAAAGUACUCAAAGACCUCGUCCCGACGACUUCCAUAAUAAACGAUAUAUUACCGGUGACAGAACCCACGGACAUCUACGGUCCCACUACCACCAUGACGUCACUAUCGCGUCACUCGGGCGGAACGGUGUCGAUAGUGAAAAACAAUCAGAGUACGGGGUACACGGGAUUUUUCUCGAGCGAUCCAUUCGCGGAAACCGAUCCUUUCGAUAAUACCGACCCCUUUUCGGAUACGUUCAAGGAAGACCCGUUUACGAGUAUGCAGUUUCCAAAGUCGAGUUUUUUGAGAGCCGAGGACUCGAAGAGCAAAUCGUGCAAAGAUCCUCUGGAUAAGGAGAUCGGCAAGGAUAACAGAACUGAAAAGAGUGUGUUUAAUGGUCCGCUACAAGUGUCCUUACCUCCUGAACCAGUUCCUAAAUCGCCGAGACUACAAAGGCAGAUGACAGACACAACCACUAUCCGCCAGCGUCCACAGCCCAGUUCCAAGAUGCCAGAUAAUGCGUCACCUCCCCCACCCUUACCCCCCAAGAAGGUUUUAGAACCGGGUUUGCCCCCGCCCAGACCGCCGCACGAGUAUGAGCCGGAUGUGGAGGACAUGGAAACCGGACCGCCCUUACCGAAACCGGUUCGGAAGAAAGAGCCUGUGGCGGACCGCAGUAUGAAACCGCGUAUGUCAUCACUGACGACUAACAGUAGCGAGGACGAAUACCUUGCGCCUGCGCCGCCGCCUUUGCCCGCCGCUAAGCGAUUUGAUAUUACACUCUGUCAAUUACUUACGUUGACCAUGGACGAAUUGGCCAUUAGAUUACGUGUGCCGGCGACGACACUAUCUUCAAUGACGCUACCACAACUGACUGAGUACUUGCGUUCCUAUUUAGCGGCCGAUGUCGAACGGGCGCAUAUACAUGUUGAGCCAUCACAAGCCAAAGAGAAAGAAAAUCUAACACCCAUACCCUCUAAUGCAAGAAUGCCUGAAAAGUCUAGUCCAUUACCCUCUCUCGCAAAUGACUUCAAACCACAGUUUGAAGACAACUUUGCUCCUACCAACUCUGCUGACACAUUCGUUGCUAACUUCGAUGACUUUGACCAAAAGGCAAAUACCUCAUACGACAGAUAUGCUGCGUUUAGAGAAAUACAAGAGCAAGAAUUAAAAGCGAAAUCAAUACUUGAUCCAAAAGAGCCCGCAACUAAGGAAGACGACAAAGAACUCACACACAUUCAAGAAUCAAUGAAGACUGAAGACAAAAGUCCUCUUAAAUCCUUAGACGAGUUGACGCUCGAUACGUUCAAUAUGUUCAGAAAUUCAGUCAGUCCCAAGCCAGUUGACGCUAAAAUAGAGGAUAUUAAGAAUGUAAUGAUGAAUUUACAGUUGGAAAAAUCUAGACGUAGCGUAUCACCGCGAGAAGACAAACAGGACGAGACUGAUAAAUAUGCUGCAUUACGGGAAAUAACAAUAACAGAGCCACACGAUGACUUCGAAUCUAUUCCCCCGGAAGUUCCUAAAGAACGGAAGAAGUCUGAUGAAAAAUCAGACGGAUUCGACAAUUCGGAUUUCUUCGACUGUAUUGACAACAGUUCGUUAUCGUUUACGCACGUUGAAGAUGCUUUUAGGAAGAGUCCGGCUGUGAAGGAAAGGGAAGAGGAGAAGAAAAUUGAAAAAAGUGAGACGCCGGUAGAUAUACCGGUUAGUUUGCAGCCCCCUCAAAGGCUUUCGGCUGGUUCUAUCAGCGAUGUCGCUAGUGCAUCUUCACCUGAUACUAAAGAGCGGUGUGUGGGCAGCGGUGGGCUGAGGCGUCUGGCCUGGAGGGCAGAGGCUGAGGGCUGGUCUUCAGAUUCGAGGGAUUCAGAGCCACGGAGGAGAAGAAGGACGCAUAGGGGACAUACAGUUCAAACAUCAUCGUCUUCCCGCGAUGCGUCCCCGUGGGAGGAGGAACGGUCAAUUCGACACACAACCCGACGCGACAGAGAAUCACGUCACAACUCAUCAGGUUCGAGGGAAUGCUUGGAUUCCGGCAGUGGACGGGAGAAAGAGAAAAUAAGAGACAAAAGAGAGAGUAGAGAUCAACGCGAUUCGGGAAGUGGAAGGGAUCGAAGGGAUCUCAGUAGGGAAAAGAGAGAUAGACGUAGUCGUGAUCGCGAUGAUUGGGAUAGAGAUAGACCAUACCGGGAAAGAGAUUACAGGGAUUCACGAAGCCGCGAAAGAUCUAAAGAUUACAGGGAAAUGGAGCGACACAGGAAAACACGGCACUCGUAUGAUGAUGAAGACUACAGCGACGGGUGUGGAUCAGGCCGAUCAUCGCCCAGAGAAAGAUGGCCAGAACAGAGGUGGAGAAGAGAUGAAAGACAUUACGGAUCUCUGGGCUGGAGAGAAACAAGGCGUCGUCAUGAGUUAAGGCAAGCUGAAGACUCAAGCGAAAGAAGAAUGCCAUCAACAUAUACCCUGGGUUGGCCUGGUCGCCGUUCUGGCAGCCACCGCGAAUCCAACAGAGAUCUGCGGGACUCAGGACGCGAGCAUUCGGGACGAGACUCCCGAGAACAUCGGGAAUCGGGUCGGGAAUCUGGCCGGGACUCAAGGGACCCGCGGGAUUCAGGACGAGAAUCGGGUCGAGACUCCCGGGACCCCAGGGAUUCUGGACGGGACUCUGGGACUUCAAAUCGGGAAUCAAUUCGAGAUACCCGCGAUCCUCGAAGGAGGAGGCGUGAAGAAGCCAGAGUCCGCCCCAACUAUAGGUUCUCCAAUGAUUUCUCGCCUCGAGAUAAGGAGCAUUCUCCCUUCGAUAAUGACUAUCAAGAAUCGCCCUCUGCUAUCAAGAAACGUGCACCCUAUUCGAGUUUGGAAGGAACGAGAUUUGCCUUCGAAGAGGAUACAACAGCGUCCCCUAUGAGUGGCAGUUCAGCUCGUGCCAGAGACGGUGACUCACCAGCCGCGCGUUUCCGAUUCGAUUCUGACUCGAUCUCACCUCGCUCCAUGUUUGAAGACGACUUUACGUCGCCCCAUGUGCCCCAUAUUCGUCCUCGCACUGCAUCUAUCGCCGAAGAAGAGGAAGGGGACAUACCCCCUCUUAGAACUAAACCACCCCCCCAUAAAGACAUUAAAAAGUCAGAUUCCGUCAAUAUUUUCACACGCGAGAUCGACCCGUUUGAGAAUGACGCGUUUUUCGCGUGCACUGGAUCAGAUAAAGUCGCAAAAAGGGAGAAUUGGCCUGGGGACUUUGUCGCGUUCGAGGAUAUAUGAAAUUUAUAGUAUGUACUUCUUAACGGGACAAAUACUUAACGUUGAUCUGAGUGGUUAGAAUGUAAAAUGAAAGACGGUACCGCGUUUCGCUUGAUUGUGAUUGGUCAAACGGAACGAUGUCUUGUGUAGUCUGUGAUUGAUUUAGAGACUGACCUAUCAUAAUCAAGGAAACAUUUUUUUACAUUUAAAUCGCUCAGGUCAAUUUUUUAAGUUUAUGUAUAAUUUUUUAUUCACGAGAUUUUGUCACACUUACCUUGUAUGUAUACGUCUAAUACAAAAGAUCGUUUCCAACUGCAAGGACCGUAAUAGUUAUAGACAAAACAUGAAUUUAUUGUACCAAAAUACUAUCAUGUGACAGCUAUAAGUAUGAUCUCAAAAGGAUAUGUUACCGUGUUUUUUAAUCUGUAUACCUUAGUUUUAUGCUUAUACGGAAUAAUCUACAGAACUACAAAAACAUACACUUUACCACAGACUGACUAUUUACAUGUCAUUUAUAAAAAAAAUAAACAAUGUUUUGUCUGAUUUCAAUUAAAGGUUCGUACGAAGUACGUAAGAAAGUAUUACGUUAUUUUCAUUAACAUGAUUAUUAAAAAAAUAUAUAUUACCUAUUGUCGCAAACGUCUCAGUUGUCCUGUGAUAUAGUGUAAAACUUAUAGGGGUCACAUUGCGAUUUUAUAUAUAGUGAUAUAUAAGGGUAAUUAACUUGCCAUACAUCCUUUUGUAUAUGUUGAAUUUAAUAUGUGAAAAUAAUUGAGAUUUGUGGCUUGCCAUACAAAUAAAAUGUUACCAUUCUAGACAAAAUAUUAUUACAAAAUGUGGACUAAAAAUUUAUAAGGCCCAAUAAUAAUUAUGGAAUAUAUAUUUAAUUAAAUUUGUGUAGUGUAAUGCCUCUUGCAUUAUGUAUAUUUCGUCUGCAAUGUUACGCUUCGAAAAAAAAUCUAUUAGUUUAAUUAUUAUGGUAGUAUUAUUAAAUUAUACUAUGAUUGAAUUGAUUUUCGCCAGAUUGCACUUUAAUGUUAACUGUUAGGGCACAAAAGUGUGAAUUCGAGUCAAUUUGUAAAUAUUUUGCUAUUUUUAUGAAGCUUUGUAUAUAGGUAAUAUAUACUCAUGUUUUUAUUGUUUGAACAUUACAUUCUUUAACACUAUAUAAUUUAAUUUGCCAUAAGGAAUUGUACUCUUAGCACAAACUUACAAUUUUUAACUUUGAAAGUAGAUGUAUGAAAUGUUUGCAUUGCUCUGUGGACGUAUUUAAAACUAUUAGGAGGGAGCAUACUUGCUUUCUUAAAUAGUACAUUUUCUUAUUUCCAUACUAAAAUUAUGGACAACCCCAUUGGUGUUGCCUGCCUAAAUACAAUACUUAUUAUUUUUACUGUUGUAUUUUACAUUUACAUAAAAGUGAUAAAUACGAUAAUUUAUAUUAUCACCUCAACAGAAAUAAAGUUAGAAAAAUAAGUGUUGAAAAAAUAUGUAGUCUGUCUAUAUAUAUAAAAGGAAGUUGUAAGAGCUACUCUAUUUAUAACUCAAGAAUACCUGAAUCGAUUUGGCUAAAAAUUGGUGGGGAGGUGAACGUGGUGUAAAAACACAGACGAAAUAUUUAUCAAUCUAAUCCCGUUCAUUUCAUAAAAGUGGUAACGUAAGCUUAUCUAUGAAUUAUUAUGAUUGAAAAUUUGACAAUUACAAGUUUGAAGUUGAUCGGUUUGUCUUUAUUUCGAGUUUCUAUUAGCGUAUCUUGCCGAUAUAUUAUAUUAUUUAUAUUAACUUAGUUAUAUAUAUUAACAACGCUACCAAGAAGCGGUAUUGCAAUAUAUGGAUGGUUUGAUGAGUGUUUAAGUGGAAUCGUGAAUAGGUCAGAUUAACAACAAUCAAAUGUGUGUACAGGACAACCUCUGUCGGGUCCGCUAGUGUGUAAAUAAAAGAAACUUAACAGCCUAUACGAAAGUAUCUAUCUAAAGUUUGUGCUAAAGGUACAAUUCGAAGUAUUUUAAUCGCUAUUUAUCUUUGAAAUAUGUUGUCUUCAAAUAUUUUAAGACCCUGAUUUGUAAUUGAUGACUUUUUUAAUAUUAAUUAAAAGGUCCUCAAGUUUCCUUAUUAUAAAGAGUUUAAUGACAUUAAUGUCUUGAAAUUCUUUACAUUUUCGUUGUGGGUAAGAGCAUUUAAAAACUUUAAGUUUAUGUUUUAAUUACCUAAUCAAUUUAUUUUGUAUUAUUAAAUUUAAAUAUACUAUUAACUUCUCAAUUGAUUUACUAUUUAAUUAUUUAAGAGUUUUGUUUAUUAUAAUUACUAUUUUUCUUCUGUUGUAAAGUUAGAAACUCGGCUCAUUUUUUAUUAUAACCAAUGAAUCUAAAGUCAUAUAAUAUUGUAAUUUAUUUCUGUGAUAUUUUUAUUAGGAUAAGAUUUCGUUGUGCGUAUUCUUUUUCUUAAUAAAUGUUUUAAUUGUUUAAUGGACAUCAAAUAUUCUUUUUAAUGUGUUUAAUUAUUUGUUGCGCCCAUUUAUAUUGCAAAUGAUUAGUACCUGCGACCUCCGACCUGGCGUGCACCUACGUUACCAAAACAUAAAAUUACCCUUUAGUCUCUGAGACGUCUAUCUGUGUUUAAAUGUGUCGACCGUUAGCAUAAAAAGCAUACUAAAAUUAUAUUGAUAUCUACAAUUAUAAAUUAGCAACUAUACGAUAAUGAUAUGACACAUUAAUAAAUUUUGAUAGACAACAAAUUUAUAAACUUAUCCAAAUCGUCGCUUUACUUUAGAGCAAUAAUUAUUGUCGAAUUAUUGCUAUUUUAAUUAUUAAUAAGCAAUUAAUGUAAUUUAAGUAUUUGUUACCCAAUAUUUCGAACUGUAUGUAGUUUUUAGUUUAAUUAUUAACUGCAAUGACAAAAAAGGACUUGGAAGUUAA